UUUUUGGCUGUCGCCUGUCGACAACCCCCGAACAGCGGAACAGCCGCAACAGCAACAACAGCGAAACAGAAGACAAGAAGAAGACAGAAGAGAUGUUGCAGCGGGGUGCUGCUGCGCUGAUGCAGCGACAACGGCAGCAUCGUCAGCUGUGGGCAUCGAUGGCACUGGGAGGGAGGCGGCUGCUGGGGACGUUUGUAGGAAGCAGCAGAGCCCUUGGUGGCAGGUUGGUGGCACACAACACCUCCAACACCGCCGCCACCACGGCCAACAGCUUCAUCACCAGCUUCACCCACGCAUUCGGUCACAACACAACGAGCAGCGCGAGCAAGUCCUGCAGCAUACAGCGGCACCACAUGCAUGUGCUGGCAAAGCCACGCGACUGGCUGCUGCGGAUAUGGCAGCGCCGGCCUCGCAGCGCGCGAAGGAGACAGCAGCAGCAGCCACCAGAGUCGUUUCCCCCUCCAGAAACAGAGGAGUACUUGCAUCCCUGGCACAGGCGACGUGGGCGCCGACCCCCACCGCGCACGCCGGAGUGGCACGAGCCAGAACAGCCGUCGCUGCGAGGGAGGUAUCGCGAGGAGCCGCAGAGACACGAGUAUGAUCGCCACUCCCAGCACCGCCAACAACGACCGCCGCCGCCGCCACCACCUCAGCCUCCGGGCGGCACUGGGCCGAUGCGCUUCUCCGACUUUAUCAUCCCCAUCGGCAUUGCCGUUGCCCUCUCGUUCUUCACAGGCAGCCCAGAUCGCAACCACAAGACCAUCACGUGGCAGGAGUUCUACUCCAAGAUGCUCAGCAGGGGUGAAGUGAGCCGCCUGGUCAUGGACCGCGACCGCAAUGUUGUCCAUGUCUAUCUUCACGACGGUGCAAUUAUCGAGGGCUACAACGACACGCGGCAUGGCGCCGGCCCGCUCCCGCACUUCCGCAUCGACGUUUCCUCUGUGCGCAGCUUCGAACGGCAGCUGGAGGCUGCCAGCCAGGACCUUGGUGUGAACCUGCAGGAUGAAAUCACUCUCGUCUAUCAACAGGAAACAGACGACCCUGCGUCGUUCUGGAUGCUCAUCAUGAUGGGAUCGGUCCUUGCCGCUGUGUAUAUGAUCAGCAAGCGCAGUCGCCUUGGUGGCCGUGGCUCUGGCGUCACACCACCGCGUCCCCCCGGUGUUGGCCGCGGUGGCCCCGCCGGCCCAUCUGCCCCUGGCAGCGGUGGUGGGCCUGGUGCUGCCAGCGAAAGCGGCGCAAAGCCGCGCUCCCCACUGGACGACGUGCUCUCUGUGGGGAAGAUCAAGCCGCACAUGUUUACCCCACAGACGGCCACCACAAAGUUCAAGGACGUUGCUGGCCUCUCGGAGGCGAAGGCGGAACUGAAGGAAUUUGUCGCCUUUCUCACGCAUCCACAGCAGUUUCAAACCCUCGGCGCAACAGUGCCAAAGGGCGCAAUGCUUGUGGGUCCACCCGGCACGGGCAAGACGCUGCUUGCGAAAGCGGUGGCGGGCGAGGCUGGUGUGCCUUUCCUCGCUGUCUCUGGCUCGGACUUUGUUGAGAUGUUUGUUGGUGUCGGUCCAUCGCGCGUGCGGGAUUUGUUCAAGCAGGCCCGCGACAACGCCCCCUGCAUCAUCUACAUUGAUGAAAUCGACGCUGUGGGCAAGGCACGUGGUGCUGCGAACCGCCCGGGCGGUGGCCACUCCGAGCGCGAGUCCACCCUCAACCAGCUGCUCGUCGAGCCACACAAACGUUCGCGCGCCCAUCUCUCACCCUCACCACCACCGCCACCAUUCACUAUUGUCACCAUUGUCACCACCGCCACCAUUCACUAUUGUCACCAUUAUUGUCACGACGGUCGCCAGGAGCGGGAGGACAUCUUCCGGCUGCACGUGCGCAAGCUCCGCCUCGCCCGCGGUGUGCGGGACUGGAUCCCGCGCCUUGCUGCCCUCACCCCCGGGCUGAGCGGCGCACAAAUUGCCUCCAUCUGCAACGAGGCUGCCCUGUAUGCCGCACGCUACAACAGGGACCGCAUCGGCAAGGAGGACUUUGAACAGGCCGUUGAUCGCGUGCUUGGCGGUCUUGAGCGGCGCACGCGCGUGAUUUCGAGCGAGGAGAAGAAGAUUGUUGCGUACCACGAGGCCGGGCACGCCCUGGUGGCGUGGCUCCUCGCAACCACAGACCCCGUCCUCAAGGUGUCGAUUGUGCCGCGUGGGGCGUCGGCGCUCGGGUACACACAGUACCUGCACGGAAACCACUUUCUGUACACGACGGAGCAGCUGCGCGACAAGAUGGUCACCCUCCUUGGCGGCCGCGCAGCCGAGGAGGCCGUGUUCCACCGCAUCACCACGGGCGCACGUGAUGAUCUUGAGCGCGUGACGAAGAUGGCCUACGACCAGGUCACCCGCUACGGCAUGAGCUCAGGCGUCGGCCUGCUCGUGCAUCAGGUGCCGCAAUCACAGGACGAAGGAAAGAAGAAGUUCAGCAAUCGCCUCAGCCAACAGUUUGAUGAGGAGGUUGGGCGUCUUGUCCACUCUGCCUACGCAUCGGCCAGGGAGCUCGUUGCAUCCCACGAGGAGCAGCUGCAUGAGCUGAGCAAGCUGCUGCUUGAGCGGGAGGUGCUGACGUUUGAGGAUUUGCAGGCCGUGCUGGGUCCGCCGGCGUCAGGCCGCUCCCCGCACGAACACGUGCGCGUGGAUGACAACGAAGACGACGACAGCGACGACUCGAAGGAGAGGCAGCGAUUGUGAGCAGGCAUAACAUGCUAUCGUGUCUCUGUCUAUGUGUGUGUAUCUCUGUGUGCAUGACCGUGUGUGCGUGCGUGCGUGCGUGUGUGUAUGCGUGUGUGUGUGUGUGUGUGUGUGUGUGUGUGUGUGUGUGUGUGUGUGUGUGU